AUGGCGCUGCUGAAUCAGACGCAGGUGACACCAGCCUCUUUCAUUCUGAAUGGGAUCCCGGGGCUGGAAGACAUGCACAUCUGGAUUUCCAUCCCAUUCUGCUCCAUGUACGUGGUAGCUGUGGCUGGGAACUGCGGGCUCCUCUACCUCAUCUGCUUUGAGGACUCGCUGCACAGGUCUAUGUAUUACUUCCUGGCCAUGCUUUCUCUUACUGAUCUUGUCAUGUGCACUUCCACAAUCCCUAAAACUCUCUGCAUCUUCUGGUUCCAGCUUAAGGAAAUUAGCUUUAAGGAAUGCCUGGUCCAGCUGUUUUUCAUCCAUACAUUCACAGCCAUGGAGUCGGGGGUGCUCAUGCUGAUGGCGCUGGACCGCUAUGUGGCCAUCUGCUACCCUCUGCGCUACGCGACCAUCCUCACCAACCCAGUCAUCGUGAAAGCUGGACUUGCUACUUUCCUGAGAGCAGUGUUUCUCAUUAUUCCCUUGGUUUUCCUCACCAAAAGGCUACCCUACUGCAGAGGCAAUAUCAUACACCAUACAUACUGUGACCAGCUCUCUGUGGCUAAACUAUCCUGUGGAAAUAUCAAGGCUAAUAUUAUUUAUGGUCUGAUAGCAGCUUUCUUGAUUGGGGGUUUUGACAUCUUGUGCAUUGCCAUCUCCUACACCAUGAUCCUCCGAGCAGUGAUCAACCUGUCCUCAGCAGACGCCCGGCAGAAGGCCUUCAGCACCUGCACUGCCCACAUCAGUGCCAUUGUCUUUUCCUACAGUCCAGCCUUCUUCUGUUUCUUUUUUAACCGCUUUGGAAGCCAUGUAAUCCCUCCAUCUUGUCAUAUUAUUGUGGCUAAUCUUUACCUGCUCUUACCUCCCACUAUGAACCCAAUUGUCUAUGGGGUAAAAACCAAGCAAAUAAGAGACUGUGUCCUAAGGAUCCUUUCAGGUAUUAAAAACACCAAGUCCCACAGUGUCUGA